UACUGCGUCUGGAUGUGUGAAACCAGUCUACAUGGGUGGCUGAUAUUGGGUUAAUUACUCCAUGUGUCUGUGUGUUUGUGUGCGUGCGCACGCGCAACUGAAUCAACUGCGAGAAGUGUGCUGUAUAACACGGGUGUCCAUCCUGUAAGUGGGUGAAUGCAGUUGCUUUAACCACAUUCACUUCCACUUUCCCCCACCAAGACCUAUAUAACAUUUCACUGUACCGGGUAAAGUUCCAAAUCGUAAGCAGCAUCGGCAAAAUGCACUUGACUUCGAUGUGUGAUGGGGAUUCUUAUUUUUCAGGAAUUUAGACGCUCCAGAUAUUACUAGCUGAUAUCAGUGAUGGAUAGAUCACUCCCCACCACCGCGUCCAGAAUGUUGAUGGAAAACACAACCAACAACUACAGCGGCCUUUCAGAAGAAGAGUACGUGCAAGCGGUCUUCGACAAGAUGGCACUGAACCUCCUGCCCACCGUGCUGGUUCUGGUCGCCAUCAUCGUGGGCGGUCUCCUAGGCAACAGUCUUGUCUUUGUCGUGUACUUGCGACAGUUCCGUCCUAGCAGCACCCGCGUCUUCGUGCUGGCCAUGUGUGUAUACGACCUGCUGACCAACGUCGUCACCUUGCCCAUGAUGGUGGUCAUCGUGCACCGUGCCUUCGUCAACUACGACCGCUGGUUCUGCAGCACGGCGCUGGCCUGCAUCAGCUUCUUCUCGGUGUGCACCGGGUGGAUCCUGUGCUUCGUGGCUCUGGACCGUCAGAGGCGAGUGUGCCAGUCACAGAAGCAGCAGUUCAGCCCUCGCCAGGCCUGGCUCUUUGUUCUUCUCGCCACCGGCCUCUCGGCGCUCGUCACUUUUCCCUUCUUCCACCUCAAGGGCGUGCAGCGCGUGCGAGCCCCGGAUGCUGACGUCACGGUCAGCACCUGCGCUGUAGAGGACGCCUACCUGGGCACAGUCUUCUACACCGUCUACAAACUCUCCGUAGGCCUGACCUUCGUGGCGACCGUGGGCACGGCAGUCGUCUGCUACUCUUUGAUCGGGCGUCACGUCUGGCUGCACACGCGUAAACAGAGGGCGCUGCUGGAGAUAAGGGGAGUGCGGAUAGAGGUGGAGAACAGAAGCGGAGGUGGGGGCGAAGUAAGUGGUGUCAGCAACAGCAUCAACAUCAGCAGUCAGGACACGCACAGCGCCGGAGUCAGCUUGGACACGGACUCUCCCUCCGCGAAAGAGAAUGUAGCUGACUCUGAGACCAACAAAUUGGCAACGACUUUGAGGCCGGUGUCCUUCGAAAAGAGAAGAUCUUUCAAACAGAGGAGGAAGAGGAGGAUAAAUCACUCAAGGACAACAUUGACGAUGGUCGUGCUCACAUCUGUCGGUGUCCUUAACUACCUGCCUCAUCUGGUCGUCAGAUACGUGCACGAGAAGCCAGGCUUCUUCCUGAACCCAGACUUAACAGUGUUGUCACUGAACCUCUACAUGCUGGCCAUGUGUUCCAUAUACCUCAACAGCGCCAUCAACCCCAUCGUCUACAGCUUCUGCAACGCCAGGUUCCUCCAAGAGUGCCGGAAGCUGAAAAACAGACUGAAAAAACAGAUUUUGGGCUAGGAAAGCUACGAUACGUCGAGCUCUGCACUACUUUCUUGUUAUUUAUUUCUUGCUUUAGUUUUGCUAAUGCCAACCUUUUUUUAAAAAGAAAAAAAGAAAAAAAGAAAGCUCGGUUUUGCUGUCCGCUGAAAUAAAAAAGUGUAACAGACCUUAACGGAUAUAUAUAUAUUAAAAAUAGUAAUAUGUGGAUGUCUUUAUGUAUAAUUGUUCCCUUUCGCAAGUCUUGUGAGGAUGGUGAUAGUUUUCAAUUUCCGUAUUCAGCACAGGACCCAUACUAUGAGUACUCUUGAACGAAUGUAAAAUUUCCUCAUCUAAGUUUCGCAUUUUCAUUUGUUUACUUAAAGAAAUCACUUCCAUAAUGAGGACCUCUAUUUCUGAGUUUGGGUUUAAUUGCUUGGUUCUCGUACUCGAGUAAAUAAAAAUGUCCUCAACUAAGUCCCUGAUAUUCAGGGAAAAGGUGGACGUAUCUCUGGCUAAGGGAGGUCACUCGCGAGACAAUAACGUCGAUUUUUCAAAUUGAAUUAAUUAGUUCUCUUUCACUAGUGCUUCAUCUAUUGUUAGAUAUUAUAAAUCUUUGUAGAUGUGAGUCGAAGUCAAAUUAAAAUUCUCGAUUUAA